AUGCAGGAGGUGGUGAAGGGCCUUGAAUGUCACCAUAAGAAUUUUAUAUUGAAUGCAGAACUGCACAGGGAGCCAGUGGAGCUGUCGGAGAACCGGAGUGAUGUGGUGGAUAGAGGAAGUUCUUGUUUUAAUGCGGGCAGGUGGGUUGUGCAGCAGAUAGAUGAUGGCAUCCUCCACUCUGAUGUCUGGUCAGAAAGCAAACUGCAGCAGGUCCAGGGUGGGACUCACUACAGUGCGCAGAUGCAGCCUUUGGCUUACUGCCUCGUUCGUGCCACCGAAACCCCUCUGAAGGAAGGUGAGGAAGCAGCAUCUUCAUCAGACUCUGCCUCUGAUCCCUCCUCCUCGCUGUUCAAUCAAUGGGGACGUGACCUUGGCCCAGAGAGUCGACGGGUUGCCCUCAAAAAGUUCCGUUACUUUGGAUACAACGGCUACCUGAGCGACCGCAUUUCCCUUACCAGGCCCAUUCCUGAUUUACGACCAGACGGAUGCAGAAACAUGUCCUAUUCUUCAGACCUUCCUCAGCUCGGUGUGAUCUUCAUCUUCGUCAAUGAGGCCCUUUCAGUUUUAUUACGCUCUAUUCACACUGUCAUCCAGAGGACACCACCCUACCUUCUGAAGGAGAUCAUACUAGUGGAUGACAACAGUAACAGCUUGGAACUGAAGGAGCACUUGCAGAGCUUUGUGGAUGAGAAAAACGCUCAGCACGGCUCAGGCUUCAUCAAAGUGGUCCGCCAUGCCAAGCAGGAGGGCCUGAUCAGAUCCAGAGUCAGUGGAUGGAGGGCGGCUACUGCUCCUGUGGUUGCUCUGUUUGAUGCACACGUGGAGUUCAAUAUUGGAUGGGCAGAACCAAUUCUACAGAGAAUAAAGGAGGACAGGACAAGAGUGGUUUCCCCUUCUUUUGACAACAUCAAGUACGACACAUUUGAAAUUGAGGAGUACCCUCUAUCUGCUCAGGGCUUCGACUGGGAGCUCUGGUGUCGGUAUCUCAACCCACCAAAAGCCUGGUGGAUGCUACGCAACCAAACAGCUCCCAUCAGAAGUCCUGCUCUGAUUGGGUGCUUUGUGGUCGACAGGAAAUACUUUGAGGAGAUCGGCCUGCUUGAUGAAGGCAUGGAAAUUUAUGGUGGAGAAAAUGUGGAGCUCGGCAUUAGGGUGUGGCAGUGCGGAGGCAGCGUGGAAGUCCUGCCUUGCUCCAGGAUCGCCCACAUUGAGCGUGCUCACAAACCAUACACGGAGAAUCUGACGGCCCACGUGCGACGCAACGCCCUGAGAGCGGCUGAGGUGUGGAUGGACAACUACAAGAGUCACGUUUACAUGGCCUGGAAUGUUCCACUUCAGAACUCCAGAAUAGACAUAGGGGACAUUUCUGAGAGGAAAGCCCUCCGGUCCCGACUGAAAUGCCGACCGUUCAGCUGGUUCCUCUCCAACAUCUACCCAGAGCUGCGAUCUUACAGUGACACUGUUGCUUAUGGAGUGUUAAAGAACAGCCUGAGAGAUGACCUGUGUUUAGACCAGGGACCCGACACUGAUAACAUUCCCAUCAUGUACCUCUGCCAUGGAAUGACACCACAGCAGAAUGUGUACUUCACCAGCUCCCAGCAGAUCCACCUUGGCGUUCUCAGUCCCACCAUAGAUGACGAUGAUAACAAGUGUCUGGUGGAUGUUAACAGCCGGCCUAGGCUGCUGGAGUGCAGCUACGCAGCCACAAAACACUUGAAGCUCACCUGGACGUUUGCACAGGGGGGAGCCAUCCAGAACAUCGAGUCUCAGCGUUGCCUGGAGCUGGUGGAGAGCAAGCGAUCAGAGCUCCCCCUCCAGCUGGCUAUUCAGGACUGUACUGGUCAGAAAUGGACCAUUACAAACAUUUUGACUGUCCUGCCGCAGUGAACUCAGUUUGGAUGAAGUUAUGAGGCACAU